UACUUUAUUUGUAAGCAGUUUUUAAAUUCUUUAUCUGUGACAACUGUCGGUUAGAUUUUUCAGACGGGAAAUUGAUAACAUAACUUCUUAUAAGUUCAAACAUGGCUGACAGAAAAUUAAUUUUUAUGGUACAUUACAUGAUUUUCUUAGUACGAAACAGAGGAAUGAGACAAAGUUGUGAUAAUAAACUGUGUAACAGUGUACAUUUUCCGUUACUGGAUAAUAUUAAUGCACCGUUAGUAGCCAAUCUUGAUUUUUCACAGUUUUCUUCGCAGUUAAAAAUAUACAUCGAUGAAGAAAUAAAGAAAGGAAUAGAAACUGCAGUGAAGGUUCUGGUAUCAAAUAUAACACAGGAAAAACUUGAUGAUGUCAUAAAAAAAGUGGACAGUCAUGUGGACGACAAACUGAAAAUAUUGGAAGAGAAAUUGGUCAAUGAAACAAAGAUAAUAACAGAUAGAGAAAGAGCAGAGGCAUCAAAACAAAUCGGAUUUCAUGCUGAGCUUUCCAACACAAUUACUCUUAGCUCCACACAAACACUGAACUUCGAACGAGUUAUAACAAAUAUUGGUAAUGGGUACAACAAUCACACUGGAAUGUUCACUGCUACUGACAGUGGACUGUACUUCUUUGUGGCCUCAUUUAUACCGGAGGGUUCAAGUAGAGCUCACAUGGAAAUGAUUAAAAACAGCGUUGUUAUUUCUCGCGGGAGAGCACAUGGAUCUGGAUCAAUGCAAGCAGUGGUGAAAUUAAUGACAGGCGAUGUCGUGAGAUGUCGUCACUGGUCAGGUAGUGGUUCAGAAACGGUGUAUAAGAAUUUUUCAUUCUUCUCUGGUUAUCUUAUUAGAUGAGGUGGCCAUGUUUCUGUAUAAAGGUGAUGAUAUUGUAAUGAAAAGGUUUUGUAUACAUUGUUUAUGUUUUACUUAGCAAAUGCAUAAUUUAUAGGAAACUGUUUCGAACUUUCUUUGUUUUAUCUAUACAGGAUGCAUUCAAUAAAAGUUUGCUACAAAACAUUAUAAUGAAUCAAAUACCAAUAAUAAUAAAUUUAAAUUGUCUAUAGAUAAAAACAAAAGAAUAUUCAAGUGGAUUUACUGGACAAGUUUUAAUUCGUUUCAUGUUUAUAAUGCAUUUAAUUGUUUUACACUCCCGUUGUUAAUAUUUCAAAAGUAUUCCAGACACACGGUUUAAUCAAUAAUUGAAUUGAAUUAAAACAAAAAAGGAAGAAAAAUACAAUAAAACUUUGCAAUCUAAAAUUACAGAAAUGAUAUAUUAGGUUAAAUAGAACGUUUAUAUAUGCAACUUAACAUAUUUGGAUAUAAAGUUAAGACUUAAUGACUUGUGUUUUGUUUACCUUAAGUUGUUUUUUGGUCUUUUGUUUAUUUUCUUUCUUUUCAUGUUAUAGGCAGUUUGCUUUCAUUUAAUGUUGUCUUUGAAUCUGUAUAAUGUAUGUUUAUCUGUAAAUAACUGUUCAUUGGUAUAUUCUGCUUUUGGUCAUUAUUGUAAAAGUAAAACUGAUUUCAUUGUUAUUAUUUUAUUCAUUUCAAGUAUAAAGUUUUACACCAAUAUGGUUGAUUGGAAUUUGAUAUGCCUUUUGGACAAACAGAUGGAAACUAUCCGAAAAUGUUAAAAUAAUAAUAAUUAGAUAGUAAGCCUUUUACCCAAUUGGUCCGAGCCCACAAUUGUCGACGACUAUAGUCCCUAUUGUUGUAAUGUGUAAUGCCUCAAAUUGUAAGUAGGGGUGAAAUUACACUGUAAAAAAAUUUGGGUCCAGAAUUUUAAAGGAAAGUAGUGAUUUGGUCCAGCUGAAAAUUGUUCAAAAUUAGCACUUUGGAAGCUGUCAAAAGAUUUCAAGACGCUCUAAACAUAAAAUUGUCCAUAUUUGUAGUUAGAACCGAUGAGGUUUUCUAUAAUUUUGAUUUAAUUUGUCCCAAAAGUAGUACAACACACUGUAAAAAUUUCUUUGAGAAAGCGCAGGUGAGAUUUUUUUUAUUUUCAUUUAUGUUCCAAAAGAAAUGCACUACGAAAUAAUUGUGGUCUCGGACCAAUUUAAAGGAGUAAGUAAGAGGAAGACUAAUCUUUUCGUCUUGAUGAUGUUUUAAGUACAUAUAAUGAAGAAACUAACAAUCGUUCUCUCAUAAACUUCUGAUAUUAUUAGUGCUGACGGCUCAAAUAACAUCCUUAGGGUUUUAAUCAAGCAUUGUUUCCGUGGUCAGUGAAAUAGAGUAGAAAAAUACCAAUGGGGCAUUCAAACUCGUAGGACGAAAAUAAACUGACAACGCCAUUAAUUGAAAAUGUGAAAAGGCUAUAGCAGUAGACCGAUGGUCAAAUAGUAUCAACCGAUUAAAAGAGAAAGAUCAAGGUAACAAACAAACUAACAUUUUUGGAAUUGCUAGAAUUUAAAAGAGGUGACAUUUGGUGUUACGACAUGGUAGCCAUCUCUUGGUAAGCAUGCAUCCUUCGAAAAAUUGAGACUGGAUGGUAUGGAGGUCUUUAAAUUAAGUAUUAUAUAAAUAUCACUUGUAAUGAAAAUGUCAGUUUUCGCAUUAGAAAAACAUGUGUUUAAUCAUUUGAUUUUGCCGUUUGAUGAUGAACUUUCCGUUUUUGAAUGUUCCUUGAAGUUCAUUAUUUUUGUGAUUUUACAAUUUUCUCAGUUAUGAAGAUUUGCAUUGUUACUUGUUUUAUCAAUCAUCGGUAUGGUUAAUUUAUUUUAUGAAUUUUUCUAAUGACUAAGAAUUCAUUUUGUGUGGUCACUGCUGAUGAAAAUAUAAGAAAAGUUUAUAUAACAGUUAUGCAAUUUUAUUAUUCGCUUUAAGUAAAUAAUACUGACUUUUACUUAAAUUAAUCCAAAUUAUUAACUCAUAUCAGUUGCUUUGGAUGCUGAUUUUAUAAUUAAAAGACACUGCUUGCAUUUUCUUGUACAUAAUUAAAUGUAUGCCGUUUUUAUAAAAUAAAUACAAGUUAUUAA